GGAGAACUGGUGAGGAAGCUGAAGGAAGAGAAAGCUCCCCAGGUGGAUAUAGACAAAGCUGUGGCAGAGCUCAAAGCUCGGAAGAGGGUCCUAGAAGCGAAGGAGCUGGCCUUACAGCCCAAAGAUGACAUUGUGGACAGAGUUAAAAUGGAAGACACCCUGAAAAGGAGGUUUUUCUAUGAUCAAGCCUUUUCUAUUUAUGGAGGUGUCAGUGGUCUGUAUGACUUCGGGCCUGUUGGGUGUGCUUUGAAGAACAACAUCAUCCAGGCAUGGAGACAGCACUUUAUUCAGGAAGAGCAAAUCCUGGAGAUUGACUGUACCAUGCUCACGCCAGAGCCAGUUCUGAAGACUUCUGGCCAUGUAGACAAGUUUGCUGACUUCAUGGUGAAAGAUGUGAAAAAUGGGGAAUGUUUUCGUGCUGAUCAUCUCUUAAAAGCUCACCUGCAAAAGCUUAUGUCUGAUAAGAAGUGCACAGCAGAGAAAAGGGCAGAAAUGGAAAAUGUUCUAACACAGUUGGACAAUUAUGGCCAGCAAGAACUUGCAGACCUCUUUGUGAACUACAACGUGAAAUCACCUAUCACUGGGAAUGACCUGUCGCCUCCUGUUUCUUUCAAUCUGAUGUUCAAGACCUCCAUUGGGCCUGGAGGAAACAUGCCUGGCUAUCUGAGGCCAGAAACUGCACAGGGAAUAUUCCUCAACUUCAAACGUCUUCUGGAGUUUAACCAAGGCAAACUGCCUUUUGCUGCUGCCCAGAUUGGAAAUUCCUUCAGAAAUGAGAUCUCACCUCGCUCCGGCCUUAUCAGAGUGAGGGAAUUCACCAUGGCAGAAAUUGAGCACUUUGUGGAUCCCAGUGAGAAAAAUCACCCCAAGUUUCAGAAUGUGGCAGAUCUCAACAUCCUCCUGUACUCUUCCAAGGCCCAGGUCAGCGGGCAGUCCGCCCAUGUAAUGCGGCUGGGAGAUGCUGUCCAACAGGGUGUGAUCAAUAACUCCGUUCUCGGUUACUUCAUUGGCAGAAUCUACCUCUUCCUUACAAAGGUCGGUGUAUCCCCAGAGAAGCUGCGCUUCCGACAGCAUAUGGAGAAUGAGAUGGCUCAUUAUGCCUGUGACUGCUGGGAUGCAGAGUCCAAAACGUCGUAUGUAAGUGGCAAAGUGAAACAGUCCAUGCUUCAGACUCCUUUGGUGGAGCCUGAAGUUGCCUCUGGACAUUGUGCUAGUCGAAUUUCAUCUGGAAUUGCAGGAAAGGCCCUGGUGCUUUCCAAAGA